UCUCUCUCUCUCUCUCUCUCUAAUCCAUUCUCUCUCUCUCUCUCUCUCUCUCUCUGUUAGGGUUUGGGUAUGUGAUGGAUCGCGUCGCGCUCUUGAAGAGGCCACCACCGCCGCCGCCAUCGACGCCGCAGCCCCUCUCCGAAGCCCUAACCCCAUGGGCGAGGCUCGCGGGGUCUCGGUCUCGCCAUGUCCCUCGCACCAGCUCUUCCCCCAAGCUCCGAUCCCUCGGCUCCUCUCUCUGCGUCUCCUUGUCCUCCCCCAAGGGAAUUUCUAAGCUUCGUCAGAGCUGCAGUUUUACUAGUAGAAGGGCCCCACUAUUUAGUACGGUUGCUAGUGCGGAGUCCAAUGGGCGUGAAUCUCGAAGUAUUGGUACUCCACUUGAGCCACAAUCGCCAGAAGGGAGCUUCUUGUGUGGUGUAUUAAAGAACCAACCUCAUAUUUUUCCUAUUGCUGUGGAAGAACAGCUGGAGGAGUUGGCUUAUCAAAGGGAAAGUGCGUUCGCUCGCCACAAGCGUAGUAUUGGCUCGGAAGAAUCAUGCCUUCAUAGGAGAAUUGCAGAAAUGAAGGACAACGAGUGCCAAAUUGCCGUCGAGGACAUCAUCUACAUGUCAAUUGUCCACAAGUUCUCCGAAAUCGAAGUCCCCAUGGUUCCCAAACUCUCCAAAUUGAUCACCAACGGAGAACUGGAGAUAUGCCCAUCCAAGGACACGAGUUUAGAAUCCGUCCACCAGCCAGAAAUCUUAGAACUGGUGAGAGAGCAUCUCUCGAAUAUCCUCAAAUGGACUCGUCAAUCCAACUCGAUCGAGAUCAAAAGGCUUCAAUUCGGCCGUCACUACGCCGCAUCCAUAAUGUACGGGUAUUUUCUCAAGUCCGUUUCUCUGCGGUUUCAGCUCGAGCUUAGUCUGAAUCCAAUUCAAGAAGUGCUUCCUCUCGACUGCUUUGCGAACGCUCGAAGUCAAAAUCCGCAUAAAAAGAAGCAGGAGAACUCUAUUCAUCUCGACUAUUCUUUCGACACGGCUACGACUUCUUCUACUUCUCCGCGCUCUGGUUCGGAUUUAAGACUAAAAGCUUCGGCACUGAGGGGUUACGUGAUGGGAUUCGAUUCGAAGGUACUGCAGCUCUGCGCGAAGCUGCGGUCACGGGAAGCCGUCAGCGUGAUCGAGAAGCACACCUGGGCUUUAUUCGGAGACGGCGAAGAUAAAGAAGCUGAGAGCAAUGAGGUAGUAAGAGUUUCGCCCUCCGGAUUGAAGAGGCUGGUUCUGGAAGCUGUUGCAUUUGGUUCCUUUCUAUGGGAUGUGGAAGAUUAUGUUGACUCUGUUUAUAAGCUGAAGGAGAGCUGAGAGAAAAAGCAGUUUGAAUUAGAUUUAAUCUGCUUUUUGUAAACAGAAGCUAAGAAAAACUGGUAGUUCAGAUUCUGUAAAUAGAAACCUGUACUAGAACUAAAGGUUUUGUUUAAAAGUGUAAGAGUAAAAAAGGACUAGAACUAAAGGUUUGAUUCUGUGUACGCUAGCAAUAAUAACUUGUUGGAUCCAAA